AUGAGAUCGAGGAAUUCAAUGAAUGCUAUUCACUUUCUGGAGGAUGAGGUGGGGAAUCGUUUUGAGUUACCACAAGACAUUCAUGCGCAUUGUGUACACUACUUUGAGGGUCUACUGAGUGGUGAUCAGAGCCAGUCUUCGUUUGUUCAGGAUGAUAUUACCUCUCUUCUAGAUUUCAGCUGCUCAACGUCUCAACGUUCACAGCUAGACUCUUGCUUCUCAACCGAAGAAAUCAAGGAGGCUUUCUUAUCACUACCGAAAAAUAAGACAUGUGGUCCAGACGGCUUUACUCCUGAAUUCUUCAACUCUUGCUGGACAGUAGUAGGUGGCGAGGUGACGGCGGCUAUAAAGGAAUUUUUCUCCUCAGGAAAGCUUCUAAAGCAAUGGAACGCUACAAAUCUAGUGCUUAUACCCAAAAUCACAAACGCUUCCAGGACAACUGAUUUCAGGCCAAUCUCAUGUCUCAACACGAUGUAUAAGGUUAUCUCAAAGCUUCUAGCCAAGAAAUUAAAGUCUGUUCUGCCAUCAGUCAUCUCUCACUCUCAAUCAGCGUUUCUGUCUGGUCGUAUGCUCUCGGAAAAUGUGUUGUUGGCCACUGAAAUUGUGCAGGGUUAUAACAGCGCAAACGUCUCUCCUAGAGGCAUGUUGAAAGUGGAUCUGCGUAAAGCUUUUGACUCGGUGAGAUGGGAUUUCGUGCUCGCGGUUUUAAAAGGCCUAAAUAUGCCAGACAAGUUCAUAGGGUGGAUCUCAGAAUGUCUCACAACACCAUGCUUCUCUGUGUCUGUGAAUGGAGUUGAGGGUGGGUUCUUCAAGAGUUCCAGGGGUCUCAAGCAGGGCGACCCAAUUUCGACAUACCUCUUUGUUUUGGUCAUGGAGGUUUUCUCGAAACUUCUUCAUUCCAGGUUUGCUUCGGGCUAUAUCUCAUAUCAUCCUAGAACUCAUGAGUUAAAUAUUUCUCAUUUGAUGUUUGCCGAUGACGUUAUGAUCUUCUUUGACGGAAUGAGCUCCUCUUUACAUGGAAUUUAUGAGACUCUGGAUGAUUUUGCGGGUUGGUCUGGCUUGCAUAUGAAUAGGGAGAAGACAGAGUUGUUCACAGCAGGGACGAGCCACAUUGAAUCCACAGCCAUUGCUAACUAUGGAUUCCCAGUUGGCUCUUUUCCUAUAAGAUACUUGGGUCUGCCUCUUACUUGCAGGAAACUGAGAAUUUCCGAGUAUGCUCCUAUAGUCGAAAAGAUCUCAAAGCAGUUUACUACCUGGUCAGUAAGGACUUUAUCUUUUGCUGGUAGGCUUCAAUUGAUCUCGUCGGUAAUAAUGGGCUCUGUGAAUUUCUGGUGUUCAACCUUCAUCUUACCUAAAGGUUGUAUCAAGCAAAUUGAAUCUCUCUGCUCGAGAUUCCUUUGGUCAGGAAGCAUUCAACUAUCUAGAAAGGCAAAGGUGGCAUGGCACACAGUUUGUUUACCAAAGUCAGAGGGAGGCUUGGGUUUGAGGCGCUUGUCUGAAUGGAAUCAGACCCUAAAUCUGCGUCUCAUUAGGCUUUUAUUUUCAACAAGCGGCUCUCUGUGGGUAGCUUGGCACAGGUAUCACAAUACAUCUUUAGCCAACUUCUGGACUCAAAAUGAGAAUGCUGGCCAGUCAUGGACUUGGCGUGCACUGCUAAAACUCAGACCACUUGCAGAGAAGUUUUUACGCUGCACCAUUGGAAAUGGUAAAACAGCAAGCUUCUGGGGUGACAUUUGGACACCGUUUGGUCCUCUGCUCAAUUAUUUGGGGAUAAAUGGUCCAAGAGACUUAAGAAUUAAUAUUUUGGCAAAGGUGAGUGAUGUGUGCGACGGCGUCUCGUGGUCUGUCGCCAACCCGAGAUCGGAUCGAUCUAUGGCCCUUUGUGCUUAUCUCACUACAAUUUAUCUCCCUCUAAGUCAGGCUGUGGAAGACCAUUAUGACUGGGUUAUUGACGGAAAAAGUUUUGAGGGUUUCCCGACUGCAACAACAUGGGACACUCUAAGGCCUAGAGCAACAGAGAAAAGUUGGGCGUCGCAAGUUUGGUUUAAAGGGGCUACUCCCAGAAACGCCUUCACAAUGUGGAUUGCUACUUUGAAUAGGCUUCCGGUUAGAACAAGGCUAGUGUCAUGGGGGAUGCAGAUCUCUCCAAUGUGUGUUCUAUGCUCUUCUCAUCCAGAAUCGAGGGAUCACUUGCUGCUAACUUGUGAUUUCAGCUCAAUGAUUUGGGAAGAAGUGUUUCGUAGACUAAGCCCAAAUCGCUCCCUCUUUCUUCAUUGGACGGAGCUCUUAUCUUGGACAGGGGAUAGCUCUGUUCCCUCUCCACCAAUCCUUCGGAAACUUGUGGCCCACGCUGCCAUCAACCUUAUUUGGAAGCAACGAAAUAAUCUUCUCCAUAAUGCCAUCUCGAUCUCACCUUCUGCCAUCUUCAAGGAAUUGGAUAGGCACAUCAUUAAUACAAUAAAUGCCAGAAGACGUCAAAGGAAUUUCGAGAGUUUAAUGAGCCAUUGGCUCAGAUAA